GCAAUGAUUUUUACGUAGAAACGAGCGAUUGCAGAAAGUGAAAUUAUUAAAUAAACAAAUUAAGAUCUGAUUGCAAAAUAAAAUAUUGUGUAAAUGUGUUUAAUGUUUACUUUCGAAGAUUAAAGCCAUUUAAGAAAGCAAGCAAAAAAAAAAAGAAACGGUUGUCCAGAGCCAUUAACUGAAAAGUGUGCACAGUGAACAAGUAGCAGGAGAAAACAACAAUAAAAACAAGCAACGACCACAAAAAUAAUUAAAUUUUUUGUGUUAGUAAAAAAAUUACAAAAAGAAACCAAGUAAAAUUUAUUGUUAACAAAUUGUGUUGUUGCUCGCUCUAUCUGCAAAGAAGUGGACUUAUUAUAGCCAUAGCUGCUACGCUUACAACGAACAGCGAAGAGAUAAAAGCACUAAAAUAAAUUCGCAAAGAGCCCAUCGAAAAUCAACACUUUCAUUUUCAUUUGGGUUUUAUUGUUUAAACGCCAGUCGACGGAGCCAAAGCCAGCCAGGUUGUUUUUUUUUCUCAACAUUUUAAACGGCUCUUUUCGCCUCUUCGUUUGGAAUUGUUACGGAUCGGUUUCGUUUGUUUGGUGUUAAAUAAUAGUUGGCUGUAAAGAAAACAACAACAACAACAGCGACACAGCGGCAACAGCAAUAAUUGAAAAGCAUAAAACGAUUCAAAAUCACAUUUUUUGCAACUUCCGUUUCCUGACAAAUGUUUUGAGAUCUGGUUGAGCUUUUAUUUUCUUAUUCGUAUUUCUUCAUCUGUGCCUACUGACUGAAGGCUCUCUGCUCAAUAUGCGUUUGACUGCAUUCUUUAUAAGCAUAGGUUUAAUAACUGCCAUAUUAAUACCUCGGUCAACAGCCGCAGAAGAUGAUGACUAUGAACCACGUCACUUGACCAACGACCAAUCGUCUUUUUUCCAGUCACAAUCGGAUUCGCCCUUUUCCAAGCAGCCGCCAACACCAGCGUAUGCGAGUAGAAUUGGGCGGACGAGAGAUCUGAAACUCGAUGUCGAUUCAGGUUCAGAGUCGGAAAGCAGUAACGAUAGUGAGGAUGACGUUGAUAACGAUGAUGAUGAGGAAGGUUCUGCGGAGUAUUACGAUGAGGACAGUGACGAGAGUGCGAGUACAUCAAAUGCUAGUGAUAAUAGUGGCAGCGAUGAAUCUUUGCCUCGCUUGCUAUCCCAAUCUGCCUUUAAUAGAAUAUCAGAAACAUUGGGAGCCUUGAAUACUAUGGGCCAUUUGUUAGUUGAUAUGACACGAGGAGGUCAAGACAGUAAAACAGAACCAACAUCAACGGUGGCUUCGUUGACGCCUUCAACAACAACAACCACCACCACAGAGUCUGCACCAAAAGAAAGUGAUAAUACGGCAAAAGGGUUAGGAGCAUCCGCGAUAGGAAAUAGCAUUGGUAUUGUUCCCAUUAAGAGUACCAACUCUGUUCAAGUUCAAGCCAAUAAACGUGUAGGCCAAGAUGAUACAGUUGCAGCCAAACCUAUGUUUGUCGAAAAUAAAGAGGUUAAGAAGCGUAAGAAAAAGAAGAAGAACAAGAAUAAGACCAAGAAGACUACAGGAGACAUUGCCGUCAAUACCACAACACUUUCCAAAGCUCCCACCACAUUAAGGCCCACCACCCUAAGGCCUACAACAUUGAGUAGUGAUCAACAGGCGCUGGCCAACGAAGAGACAUCAGCUAAGGAUAUUGAGAAUCGCUGCAAGACACCCAGUGGUCGUCCUGGACGUUGUGAAGAUCUCAGCAGUUGCCCCGCAUUGCUGUUGAAUCUCAGUAGCCUCCGGGAGUCCCUUUGCUUCAAGAGUCUCUUUGUGCCAGGAGUGUGUUGUCCCAUAUCAGAAGCCUCCACGGUGUUGACAACACAAAGACCAUUGAAGUUGACUACUAGAGCUCCAACGACAGCAGCAACCACUACAAAACGCCCGUCUACAACCCGCCCCUCAACGCCCAGUUUGGUGUUACGGCCUCAAAGUAAGCCAUCAACAACGACGACGACAACUACCACAACGGCAAAUCCUUUGGAUUCCAAUGACUUGGAUCUUUUGGGCACUAAUAACAUAGUGGACCCUGAGGAUUGUGGUCAGCAGGAGUAUUCAACGGGACGCAUUGUGGGUGGAGUAGAAUCGCCCAACGGUCAAUGGCCUUGGAUGGCGGCAAUUUUCUUGCAUGGCCCGAAACGCACAGAGUUCUGGUGUGGUGGUUCCUUGAUUGGUUCCAAAUAUAUUUUGACAGCGGCGCAUUGUACCAGAGAUUCACGACAGAAACCGUUUGCUGCCCGACAGUUUACAGUUCGAUUAGGUGAUAUUGAUCUUUCAACCGAUGCUGAACCUUCUGCUCCCGUUACCUAUGCCGUCAAGGAAGUUCGAGCUCAUGAAAGAUUCUCUCGCAUUGGCUUCUAUAAUGAUAUUGCCAUUCUUGUCCUGGACAAACCAGUACGCAAAUCAAAAUAUGUCAUACCUGUUUGCUUGCCUAAAGCUGGACGUAUGCCUCCGAAAGAUCGUUUGCCAGGUCGCCGUGGUACAGUAGUUGGCUGGGGUACCACCUAUUAUGGUGGCAAGGAGUCGACCUCACAGCGUCAGGCAGAAUUGCCUAUUUGGCGCAAUGAAGAUUGUGAUCGUUCCUAUUUCCAACCAAUCAAUGAAAAUUUCCUAUGUGCUGGCUAUUCAGAUGGUGGAGUAGAUGCUUGCCAGGGCGACUCCGGAGGACCUCUAAUGAUGCGUUAUGACUCGCGUUGGCUUCAAUUGGGUGUCGUUUCUUUCGGUAACAAAUGCGGCGAACCUGGUUAUCCCGGUGUUUACACUCGCGUCUCAGAAUAUUUGGAUUGGAUCACCGAACACACCAACGACUAGUUUACCUGAUUAUUCCUUGUUAUCCGUGUUUGAAGAUGUGACUAGUCCAAAUUGAUUGAGAUGUCCUGUUGAAUUCGUUGAUCUUAUUUUUUAAUUUAUUAAACUUACCCCCUCGA